GGCGCGGAUUGGGCGGCGCCGCGGGGGGGGGGGGCGCCGCGCUGCCGCCAUGGCGCCGCUCGCUGCCCUGCUGCCGCCGCUGCUCCUCGGCCUCCUGCUGCCGCCGCCGCCGCCGGCCGCCGCCGAGUCCGCCCCGCUCAGCGCCGAGCAGCUGCUGGUGGUGACGGUGGCCACGGAGGCCACCGAGGGCUACGAGCGCUUCCUGCGCUCCGCCCGGCACUUCAACUACUCCCUGCAGACGCUGGGCCUGGGCCAGGCGUGGCGGGGGGGGGACGUGGCCCACACCGUGGGCGGGGGGCAGAAGGUGCGGUGGCUCAAGGCCGCCAUGGCCCCCCUGGGCGCCCGCGAGGACCUCGUGGUGCUCUUCGUGGACAGCUACGACGUGGUCUUCGCCGGGGGCCCCCGCGAGCUGCUGGCCAAGUUCCGGGCCUCGGGCCACCGGGUGCUCUUCUCGGCCGAGGCGUUCUGCUGGCCCGAGUGGGGCCUGGCCGAGGCCUACCCCCCCGCCGGCGCCGGCAAGCGCUACCUCAACUCCGGGGGCUUCAUCGGCUUCGCCCCGGCCGUGGCCCAGCUCGUCGAGCUCUGGAAGUACCGGGACGACGACGACGACCAGCUCUUCUACACCCACCUCUACCUCGACCCCCAGCUCCGGGCGGAGCUGGGGCUGGCGCUGGACCAUCGCUCCCAGAUCUUCCAGAACCUCAACGGGGCCAUCGAUGAGGUGGUCCUGAAGUUCGAGCCGGGCCGGGUGCGGGCGCGCAACGUGGCCUACGACACCCUGCCCGUGGUCAUCCACGGCAACGGGCCCACCAAGCUGCAGCUCAACUACUUGGGCAACUACAUCCCGGCGGCCUGGACCUAUGAGGGCGGCUGUGGGGACUGCGACCGCGACCCCCUGCCCCUGGAGGGGCUGCCGGACGAGGAGCUCCCGUGGGUGCUGGUGGGGGUCUUCGUGGAGCAGCCCACCCCCUUCCUGCCCCAGUUCCUGGAGCGGCUGCUGCACUGGGACUAUCCCCGCUCCCGCCUGCACCUCUUCCUGCACAACGCUGAGGUGCACCACGAGGGUCACGUGGCGGCCGCCUGGCCCCGGCUGCGGGCGGCCUUCUCCUCCCUGCGCCUGGUGGGGCCCGAGGAGGCGCUGGGCCGCGGCGAGGCCCGCGACAUGGCCCUGGACGUGUGCCGCCGGGAGCCCCGCUGCCAGCACUACCUGUCCCUGGACGGCGACGUGGCCCUGCGGCACCCGCGGGCGCUGAGGGUGCUGCUGCGCCAGAACCGGAAGGUGCUGGCACCGCUGCUGUCGCGCCAGGGCAAGCUGUGGUCCAACUUCUGGGGCGCCCUGAGCCCCGAGGGCUACUACGCCCGCUCCGAGGACUACGUCGACAUCGUGCAGGGCAAGCGCCGGGGGGUGUGGAACGUGCCCUACGUGAGCCAGGCCUACCUGGUGCGGGGGGAGACGCUGCGGCGGGAGCUGAGCGCCCGGCGCCUCUUCGCCCUCGAGGACACCGACCCCGACAUGGCCUUCUGCCGCGGCGCCCGCGAGCGGGGUGUCUUCCUGCACGUCACUAACCGGGAGGAGUUCGGGCAUCUGCUGGCGACGGCCCAGUACAACACGUCGCGGCUGCACCCCGACCUCUGGCAGCUCCUCGACAACCCCCUGGACUGGGAGGAGAAGUACCUGCACGAGAACUACAGCCGCAUCUUCGACGAGGACCUCUACGAGGAGCCGUGCCCAGAUGUCUACUGGUUCCCCCUCUUCUCGGAGCAGCUGUGUAAGGAGGUGGUGGCCGAGGCGGAGCAUUAUGGGAAGUGGAGCACGGGCGACGAGGGGUCCCCGGCGGGGGAGGCGGUGGCCCUGGAGCGCCUGGGCCUGGAGGGGCCCUGGCUGAGGGCCCUGCGCCGCCAUGUCGCCCCCGUCGCCCACAAGCUCUUCCCGGGCUACCACACCAAGGCCCGGGUGGUGCUCAGCGCCGUGGUGCGGUACCGGCCCGACAUGGCGGCCGCCCCCCAGGCCCCCCCGGCCGCCACCAUCGCCCUCAGCCUGGCCCUCAACGGCCACUUCCAGGGCGGGGGGAGCCUCUUCCCGCGCUCCGGCUGCCGGGUGCCGGCGGCCCGUCCCGGCUGGGCCCUGCUGCACCCCGGGCGCCUCACCCACCACCCGCGGGUGCUGCCGCCCGCCGCCGGCACCCGCUAUGCCCUGCUGGCCCUGCUCGACCCCUGAGCGGACCCGGACCGCGACCGCGACCGGCACCCAUGGGUGCUGCGUGGGAUGGAGCCAUCAUCUAUGGGUGCUAUGACCCAUGGACCCAUCACCUAUGGGUGCUGCAAGCCAUGGACCCAUCACCUAUGGGUGCUACAUGGGAUGGACCCACCAUCUACGGGUGCUAUGACCCAUGGAGCCACCACCUAUGGGUGCUAGAACCUAUGGACCCACCACCUAUGGGUGGUAUGACCCAUGGACCCAUCACCUAUGGGUGCUACGUGGGGUGGAGCCACCAUCUGUGGGUGCUUGAACGCAUGGGCUCACCACCUAUGGGUGCUGCAAGCCAUGGACCCAUCACCCAUGGGUGCUACGUGGGGUGGAGCCACCACCUAUGGGUGCUAUGACCCAUGGACCCAUCACCCAUGGGUGCUACGUGGGGUGGAGCCACCAUCUACGGGUGCUAUGACCCAUGGAGCCACCACCUAUGGGUGCUACAAGCUAUGGACCCACCACCUAUGGGUGUUACGUGGGGUGGAGCCACCACCCAUGGGUGCUACAUGGGAUGGAGCCAUCAGCCAUGGGUGCUACAUGGGAAGAACCCACCACCUAUGGGUGCUACAAGCUGUGGACCCAUCACCUAUCAGUGCUAGAACCCACGGAUCCAUCACCCAUGGGUGCUACGUGGGAUGGACCCACCACCUAUGGGUGCUACAGGCCGUGGACGCACCAUCUAUGGGUGCUAGAACCCAUGGACCCACCACCCACGGGUGCUAUGUGGGAUGGACCCACCACCUAUGGGUGUGCCAUGACCCAUGGACCCAUCACCUAUGGGUGCUAGAACCCAUGGACCCACCACCCGUGGGUGCUACGUGGGAUGGACCCACCACCCGUGGGUGCUACAAGCCACGGACCCACCGCCCACCAGUGCUGCACGGGAUGAACCCACCACCCAUGGGUGCUGCAUCGACAUGAGAGCCCCCCACCCAUGGGGGUUGCACCCAAUAGACCCCCACCCCUGGAGGCUGCAUGGAUGGGACUCCCCCACCCAUGGGUCCUGCACCUAGUGGGACCCCCACCCAUGGGUGCUACAUGGAUGGGACCCCCCCCACCCAUGGGGGCUGCACCCAACGGGCCCCUCCAGCCAUGGGGGCUGCACCCAAUGGACCCCCACCCAUGGGACCUGCACCCAGUGGGACCCCCAACCAUGGGGGCUGAGCCCAAUGGACCCCCACCCAUGGGGGCUGCACCCAAUGAACCCCCACCCAUGGGUGCUACAUGGAUGGGACCCCCACCACCACCCAUGGGCCCUGCACCCAAUGAACCCCCACCCAUGGGUGCUACAUGGAUGGGACCCCCCCACCCAUGGGUGCUGCCGGUCACCUGUUUCAAGUGCAUUAAAUUAUUGGAGCCCCCCCGGGGCCCCCGGUUUGUA